CUACAAAGUCCAAGUGAUGAUAAGAGAGUCGAUAUGCGGAAACUCCUCGUCAUUAACGCCGAUGAUUUCGGUUAUAGUGUUGUGCGUAACAAAGGUAUGGUGGAGUGUUUCCAGGAGGGGGCAAUCAGUGGGGUGACAAUGAUGGUAAAUGGCGUGGCAGCAGAAGAUGGGGCUAGGCGCGCCAAGGAAGUGGGCAUGCCGACAGGUAUGCAUUUAAACAUCACAGAGGGGAAUCCUGUUGGGAAAAUGUGUACAACAUUAACUGACGACAAAGGCCACUUUCUUGGAAACUUCGGAUUUACAGAGGCGUUGGCGAAUGGAACAAUAAAUUUGAAGGAGGUGGAAUGUGAAAUGCAGAGCCAACUUGACCUUUUUGAGACUUUGAUGGGUCAAAAGCCAAGUCAUGUAGACGGGCACCAACACGCUCAUCUUUUACCAGGCAUUUGUAAAAUAUUUGGCUCAGUGAUGAAGGAAAAUGGUGUACGGAGUACGAGAUGCCCGUAUGAAGACCUAGAACCUGGUCACGUGUAUUCCUGGGCAGCAGACGCUGUCAAAGAUUUAGACUCGUUUUUUAAAACAGUUGUUGAACAAGCGGCACAGGCGAAAAUUGUCAUGAAGGAAAAUAAUAUAUGGGCAACCGAUAAGUUUGUAGGAUUGCAGACGAUGGGUUCAGAUAUGACAAUAGAACGUUUACAGCGACAAAUAACAAGGGCAUUCAGUUCUGUAGAAAAUGACGUCAUAACGUGCGAGUUGAUGGUGCAUCCUGGAUACAAAACAGGAUUGGAAGGUGGUUGUGGGGACGGCCCAGAUGAUUUCUCGCGAUCGCCAGAGCGAGAACACGAAAUGUCGGUAUUGCGAGGCAAAGACAUGUUAGAAUUCUAUUGUUCACAAGGAAUAGAGGUUGUCUCGUUUGAGCAGUGCUGUAAUAUUAAUGCAUGAACUUUUCACUUGUGAUGUUUUUUAAUGAAACUUUAAAAAUACAUUGUAUGUCGCGUAUUUGUUUAUAUUUAUAUUGUGUCAU